CAGACAUCGAUCCCGCAUGUUUUCCUCACCUCGCACACGAAGCCGACCCGUAUGACCAUCGUUCGGAAGGCGCUCCACAUCCUGCUUCGCUUGGCCCCUGCCACGAAUGAAUACUUUCAUCCCGACGAACACUCGAAACCCGGCAAACACCUUGUUCUACUUGACCACAAGAUAGACUCAACCGUGCGCAUUUUCCGCUACAUGAAUGAGCACAUGGCGGGGUCGUCGCUGUUU